AUGAGCGUUCUGGCAGCAGUAGCUUUCCUUAACGGUGAUGAAAGCCAACCACAACAACCAUCAUCACCCAAACCCGUUGAUCAGCCUACGACUACAACUACGACCACUACUCCAACUCCAACUCCAGCUCCCGUGCCAGCACCACGUAAAAUAGACAAUAAUGAAAAACCGACAACGGCAGCGGCGAUUCAAGAAUUAAAUCGGAUUCGUACAGGUGGUGGUGCUGGUGUUGCUUCACUCAUGAGCAAGUUUGGUCAAGAUGCCCCUCCUCCCAAACGAUCCAUCUCACCCAAUAAACAGCCCCAACCUAUUAGCAAGGCUGCUCCUACACCUCCAAGGACACCUUCUCCUACAUCAUCCAAUCAAUCGAGUACUUUUGAAAAGGCUUCUUCUUCUUCAUUAUCUUCACGUGGUACACCAGCACCAGCAUCCGCUUUGGAAUAUCGUAGCACAAAGACGACAGCACAAACAAAGAUCAGCAACAGCCGUGUGAAUACUCGAACCAAUAUUGAUAUGAUGAUCGAGGAGCUCACCAUCAUGUAUCAGCAAUCCCUGGAUGAGUGCAAGGAGGCACAACAACAAUUACAGCAACUCAAAUCUGAAGCUGAAACGUAUGAAACAGAUUCCACUAAAGUACGUGAUUACGAGAUUCGAGUAGAAUACCUUGCACAAAAGCUUGAACAAGUAUCCGAUGAACGUGAUGCUUUGGAACAAGAGCUUGCUGGUUAUCGUGCCAAUCGUAGCAACAUUGAGACACCUGUGUCUCCUGUAUUCCAACACCGUUUAUCCGAUAUCUUUGACAAACGCUCAUCAGCAGAUCAAAACGAGGAUCCACAUGAAAACGAUGAAAGCAACAGCGAAUUCAUGCAUGGUUUACUUGAUGCUUAUGAAGAAGAAGACGAAGAACAAGAGGAGAAUGAGGAGCAACAAGAAGAGCAAUCCAUGUCACCUCAAGAGCAUAUCAAAUACUUGCAAGAACAACUCAAGGCGAGUGAUGUUGGAACCAAAAUGGCUGUGCAGCAAUACCUUGCCGAACUUGAAAAGGAGCGAACGGAGACCAAGGCCUUAAGGGAUGUUGUUCGAAAGCAAGAUGAAUUGAUAGCAACGUUGGAAAGCAAAAUCAUCAACAACAACAACACACCUAGCACCACGCCUGUUGUUUCAAGACCACCACGCAAAGCAAGUCUUGCUAGCCCCACCUACAAGUCAUCAUCCAACAAUGCAGCUUCAGCAGCACCACCUCUUCCCAACCAAAGCAACGUGGAGCGUCAAUUACGUGAACAACUUGAAUCACAACGUCUCGAGCUUGAAGAUAAGCGUGCCCUGUUAACGCAACUCCUGAAUGAGCGUGAAGAUAUUCUUAAAAAGGCCAAAAUGAGUGGAAAUGGGGGUCGCCCUGGGGCUUCAUCCUUUGAUCUACUUGCAGAAUUGGCACGUCCACUUGAUAACAAUAAUGGCCGCAACACACCUCCACCCACAGCACCGCCACGUGAUCCAUUACCACCUGUGCCCAACAAUGCAACAUCACCUUCCUCAGGACGUGAAUCCAUGCCAUCCAUGCGUGAUGAUGCCUCUUCGGUGACUUCUUGGUCAGCUGCAUCCGCCUCAGCAUCUGCAGCAGCCGCUGCUGUUGACAAGCACAAUGAUAGUGUGAAUGAUUUCGAAGCCAUGUAUGCCAACUAUUUGGAUUCUUCUGAGGAUGCCAAUGAACAUCACUUGUUAGCCUUACGACGUCUUGAAGGUCCAGAACAAAGAUCGCAACCAACCCAUUGA